UGACAAGCGCGUAAUUUGCAUUUAAAUAUUUGUUUGAAUUAUGUCUACCCGAGGCGUUAAGUUCAAUUUUGAACCUGGAGAGUUUGUUCUUUGUUUUGAACCGGACCCAACAAAGGCUCGUGUAAUCUAUGAAGCAAAGAUUUUAGAUACCACUGUGUAUAGAGAUGAAGAAGGAAAAAGAAAACCAGGAUAUCACAUUCAUUUCCUGAGAUGGAACAACAGCUGGGACCGCAUUGUGGGAGAACAACUUGUGCUUAAGACUACAGAUGAAAACAGACUGCUAAUGAAACAGUUGGCGGAGGUGACAAAGAAGAGUAUUAAGAAUAAAACAAGACGAAGAAGGAUCCAUGAUAUUUUGUCAUCUGCGUUUAGUGGGAAAACCCCGUUUGAACAUGAGCUUCAGAAGGAAGAUGAACAAACUACAGAUUCCAAUGACACAGAUGAGAGCACAGAGGAGACAGACAGCAGUGAAAGUGACACCAAAAUGGAAGAAUCAAAAAGGAGUUUGAGGGGUGUACCCAGUUCCGACAUUGAGAUACCUGAGGCGUUGAAAGCAGUACUUGAUAAAGACUACUUUGCCGUCAAUCAGGAUGGAAAGUAUGUGAGAUUACCAGCGGAGGUGAAUGUGGUGACAGUGCUGGAGAGUUUUGUGAAGACAUUUAUGAUGGAUUUCUGGAGCCCCGACUACGAUCGCACACACCUCUGUCACCAGCCACCCAAAAUUGCCAUUGAAAGAAUCCUACCCAUCUGUAAGGAGUUUGUUGACGGUGUUCGUAUCUGCUUCGAUUUUACCCUGGCCACACUGCUGCUCUAUUCCCCGGAGCGAGAGCAGCACACCCACCUUAUGUCAGCCUACACCAGCAAGUCUCCCGCCAGACAGAAAGUACAGAGUGAUGAUUCUCCCUUGCUGAAAUCUCCUCGAUCCCACACCUCCUCCAUACCUACACCGGGUGAUGAGUCUUGCCCCAAACUACCUAAAUACUCUCCAAGCGUGGAGGAGGAUGAUGAGGUUACAUUCAACCCUACAUCGAUGACUCCCCGCAGGAUUCUGAGAAGCAGAGGUUCGGAAUCCGGCAAGAAAUUAGACUUUGAGAAACAUGCUGAAGUUAAGGAGGAAAAAAAGGAGCCUGUUGAACAGUUACCAAGAAAAAGGCGAUGUUCUGAUAGACAAGAUGAGCCCCUAAAACGAAGGGCAUUGAGAAGCUGUAGGAAAUGUAGUGAGGACUCAAAUGACAGCGAGGAAUCGAAACCUGAGACAAUCAUGUCAGAACCUGCAAAAUCAACAUCACAGCAGAAGACAGAAAAGGAGGAGCCGUCCCCUCCAUUACUGAUUCCCUGUAACAUGCUUGGUACCCGUCCCCAGGGUGGGGUGGAGAGGGUGGGUGAGAAGGGGGCUCCUGGAAGUGUAGACAGUGUUGGAGACAGCGGGCGGGAAAUUCUGGCCACCAUUCUCCAGUGGCAGCUCCUGCCGCCAGAGGCCCUAAACCAGCUUCCCACCCCGCCUGCCCUGCUGUAUGGACCCGUUCACUUGUUACGACUAUUUGUGAAACUACCAGACUUAUUGGCAAAGAUGAACAUAGAGGAAAACAAAUUGGGUGUUCUGAAAAAGCUCAGCCACCAGUUUCUUUUGUAUGUAGCUGAUCACAUCAUGGAGUUGUUCCCUGAGACUACAUACACAUCUUCCUACGACUACUAAAGAAUGGAGAAGCAUCUCACAAAUCUAUGUUAAUUUUGUGCAAUAUUGUGUUUGUUUGCAAAGACGAGAAAUGAAAAUAAAGUUAUGUAUAGAAUAUUAGCUUAAAUGACAUUUUAGGACUAAAUUUGUUAUUGUAAAUCACACACAUUAUUUCUAUUAUCAUAUGCACAUUUUGAAACACAUUACAAUACAUUAACUGCAUAGUAUUGUUUGGAUUUCAUUCUGCUAUAAUAUGCUACUCAUUUGGUGCUUGCUCAUAUUGCGAUCUGACACCAAAGCAGAUAUUAUCCUCUGUGUUCUAGCAUUAAUGUGAAAAGAAAGUUUAAGCAGUUUAAGGUAUUCUCGAUUUAGUUUCAUGUAUUAUAUGUGAAACUUUUGUUUCCUCACAUUCCUUUGUUGUAUCAAACAACUUAUUCUUGUAUACUUUAAAGUCAGAAAGGAUUAAUCAUUAUA